AUGGACAUGAAUCUAAAAGAUCGUGAAUUUUGGUACAGUCUCCAUGGCCAGGUCCCCGGGCUGCUGGACUGGGACAUGGAGAAUGAGUUCUUCCUGACUUGCACCACAGACCAGCUCCCCUUAGCUGAGCAGAACCUUGUCAAAUACAGAAUGCAAACAAUGAAGCACCCAGAGGUUCCUCAGGAGAAGAGACCCAGUCCAGACAAUGAUGGUCCUCAGUGUGAACCCAACCUGUGGAUGUGGGUGAACCCCAACAUUGUGUGCCCCCAUGGCAGCCAGAAGGCCCCAGAGCCCAGUAAAAAGAAGGCUCUGACAAGAAUGCUACCUUCCCUACUACCUCCCUUAAAAACAGAAGAGUUUAGCUCCUCAGAGGCCACAGUAGUGGAUUCCCUGCCAUCUUCUUCCAGUGAGCAGUCUCCUUUGCAGAAGCUGGUCACCCCUUCCUCCAGUGAUUUUAACCUCACAGAAGAAGUGGCUAGGAAACAAGAAAACAACUCUUCUGUGGACCUCCAGUCUCAUAACACAAGGAAGCACUUUCAGAGCCAAAAGCUAUCACAAGUCAAAGUCCAGAAGAGAAAAACCUGGUUGAGGCCCCCUCUCAAUUACAGCCACUUAAUUGUCCUCGCAUUAAAAAACAGCCCCCACUGUGGCCUUAAUGUGCAGGAGAUCUACAGUUUCAUUCGACAGCAUUUCCCCUACUUCCGGACAGCUUCAGACGGCUGGAAGAGCACACUUCGCCAUGACCUCUGCUUCCUGGGCAGCUUUAAGAAGUUGCCGGUAUGUUCUGAGGAUGGGGCCACAACAAGAAGACCUCGAGCUUGCCUCUGGGGACUCACUGAGGAAGGACACAACCGCUUUUGGGAGGAGACUCGUGCCUUGGCCUCUGCUCAGAGGGAGAGCAUCCAACAGUGCAUGAGCCAGCCAGAGAUGAUGGCCUCCCUCUUUGACCUUUGA